AUGGCUGACGCAGCUCCGAAUCAACCUCCCAAGGCGCCCGUGGUGGCCGAGGCUCACGAGGUAGACACGUACCACCCUCCCCAGAAAAUGCUCGAAAAGCAUCCGAGCAAGCCUCACAUAAGCGGUAUCGAGGAGUACCAGCAGCUGUACAAGGAGUCCAUCACAGAGCCCAACAAGUUCUGGGGCAGGUUGGCCCGCGAGCUGCUGACCUGGUCCAAGGAUUUCCAGACUGUGCACAGCGGCACUCUUGAAGGCGGCGACAAUGCCUGGUUCCUCGAGGGAGAGCUCAACGCCUCUUACAACUGCGUUGAUCGUCACGCCUUCAAGGACCCCAACAAGGUUGCCAUCAUCUACGAGGCGGACGAGCCCAACGAGGGCCGCACCGUCACAUACGGAGAGCUCCUGCGGGAGGUCUCCAAGACGGCCUAUGUCCUGAAGCAGAUGGGCGUGCGCAAGGGCGACACAGUAGCCAUCUACCUGCCCAUGAUCCCCGAGGCGCUGGUUGCCUUCCUGGCAUGCAGCAGAAUUGGUGCCGUCCAUUCGGUUGUCUUUGCCGGCUUCUCGGCCGAUUCUCUCCGCGACCGUGUUAUCGAUGCCCAGUCCAAGGUCGUCAUCACCACAGACGAGGGCAAGCGUGGCGGGAAGCUGAUCGGGACCAAGAAGAUCGUGGAUGACGCGCUCAAGCAGUGCCCCGACGUCAGCCACGUGCUUGUCUACAAGCGUACCGGCGCCGACGUCCCCUGGACCAAGGGUCGCGACUACUGGUGGCACGAGGAGGUCGACAAGUGGCCUUCGUACAUCGCUCCCGAGCCUGUCAACUCGGAGGACCCCCUCUUCCUGCUCUAUACCUCUGGCUCUACCGGCAAGCCCAAGGGCGUUCUGCACACGACGGCAGGCUAUCUCCUCGGUGCUGCAGCGACGGGCAAGUAUGUCUUUGACAUCCACGAUGGCGACCGGUACUUCUGCGGAGGCGAUGUUGGCUGGAUCACAGGACACACCUAUGUCGUGUAUGCGCCGCUGCUUCUCGGCGUUUCGACAGUCGUGUUCGAGGGUACGCCAGCGUAUCCCAACUUCUCGCGCUACUGGGAUAUUAUCGACAAGCACAAGGUGACGCAGUUCUAUGUUGCGCCUACGGCCCUGCGGUUGCUCAAGCGAGCAGGCAAUCAGCAUGUGCGCAACGAGAUGAAGCACCUGAGAGUUCUAGGAUCCGUCGGCGAGCCCAUAGCUGCCGAGGUCUGGAAGUGGUACUUUGAAAUCGUCGGAAAGGAGGAGGCCCAGAUUAUCGACACGUACUGGCAAACCGAGACUGGCUCCAACGUCAUUACGCCUCUUGCCGGCGUGACGCCGACGAAGCCCGGUUCGGCCUCUCUCCCGUUCUUCGGAAUCGAGCCGGCCAUUAUCGAUCCCGUCUCCGGCGAAGAGAUUCACGGCAACGACGUUGAGGGAGUCCUCGCUUUCAAGCAGGCGUGGCCCAGCAUGACUCGGACUGUCUGGGGCGCACACAAGCGCUACAUGGACACGUACUUCAACGUGUACAAGGGCUACUACUUCACCGGCGACGGUGCUGGCCGAGACCACGAGGGUUUCUACUGGAUCCGCGGCCGUGUCGAUGACGUGGUGAACGUCAGCGGUCACCGUCUUUCAACUGCCGAGAUUGAGGCGGCUCUUAUCGAGCACUCGGCAGUGGCUGAGUCGGCCGUUGUUGGUGUGGCCGAUGAGCUGACGGGUCAGGCCGUCAAUGCCUUUGUCGCCAUCAAAGAAGGCAACGAUGCGACGGAUGCGCUCCGGAAAGAGUUUGUGCUGCAGGUCCGCAAGAGCAUAGGACCCUUUGCGGCGCCCAAGGCCGUGUUCAUUGUGCCCGAUCUCCCAAAGACGAGAAGUGGAAAGAUUAUGCGGCGCAUUCUGAGAAAGAUCCUGGCCGGCGAGGAGGACCAGCUGGGCGAUACUUCAACCCUCUCCGAUCCCUCUGUCGUCGACAAGAUCAUCGCGGUGGUCCAUGAUGCCAGGAAGAAGUAA